AUCAAGCACCUAGGCAUGCAGACUGCUUAUACAAACAUUUAUAAAAGAAUGGGUCACUCUGAAGAGCUCAGUGAAUUCAAAGGUGGUACCAUGAUAGGUUGCCACCUGUGCAAUAAGUCCAUCUGUGAAAUUUCCUUGCUACUAAAUAUUCCACGGUCAACUGUUAGUGGUAUUAUAACAAAGUGGAAGCAACUGGGAAGAACAGUAACUCAGCCACAAAGUGGUAAGCCAUGUAAAAUGACAGAGCAGGGUCAGCGCAUGCUGAAGCUCACAGUGUGCAGAAGUCGCUAUUUAUCUGCAGUUAAACUUUCAAACUUCAUGUGGCCUUCAGAUUAGUACAACAACCAUGCAUAGAGAGCUUCAUGGAAUAGGUUUCCAUGGCCGAGCAAAGCGUUGGUUGCAGUGCUGUCAAGCACGCUGCCUCUGGACUCUAGAGCAAUGGAGACAUGUUCUCUGGAGAACAGUACUUGCCUGACAGCAUUGUGCCAAGUGUAAAGUUU